CAAAAGCAUCAUUUUGUUGUUCACCAAAUAUGUUUUGCUUUCAAAAGAUGCAUUCCUCCUCAUCAAUCACCACUAUUAUCUUUUCUCUGUUGUUUAUCCUUUGCUUCAAUGGCCCAACAAUGGCUGAUCUUUCACAGGAUAAUAGUAUCCAAACAUCCUUCCAACUUCCUUCUCCUUUACCCGAAUGGCCUUCAGGUAAAGGUUUUGGAAGUGGCACCAUAGAUCUAGGAGGAUUACAAGUGAGUCAAGUAACAACAUUUAACAAAACUUGGGCCACAAAUGAAGGAGGACCAGAUAAUCUAGGGGCAACAUUUUAUGACCCGGUUGCAAUCCCACAAGGUUUUUCCAGUUUAGGGUCUUAUGCACAACCAAACAAUGUCCCCUUUUUCGGCCAUAUUCUUGUAGGAAAAGAUGUAUCGAAUGACUCUUCAAAACCAGCCCUCAAAUCACCAAUUGAUUACACUCUUGCGUGGAGCAGCGAGUCUUUAGAUGUCAAGAAAGACGGCGAGGGUUACGUUUGGGUCCCAAUAGCACCAGAAGGUUACACGGCCAUUGGGUAUGUGAUUAGCAACUCUUCUAUGAAGCCACCCCUUGAUAAGGUCAGCUGUGUCCGUACAGACUUCACUGACACUUCAAACGUUACGCGCAAUUUGGAAAAAGACAAUGCCAUGGAUCUUAAUGGGUUAAAAGUUGACGCUUCCAUGGGUGGUUUUGUGGUUCGAAAUCAAAGUGUGGGAAAUUUAAAGGUUAAUUUGUCAAAUUCUAUGCCGAAUUUGAACCAGGUUAAAGCAUUAAUUCAAGCGUAUUCUCCGGUAAUUUAUUUUCAUCCCGAUGAACCAUACCUUCCGUCUUCGGUGGAUUGGUUUUUUCAAAAUGGUGCAUUAGUUUAUCACAAAGGGGCAGAGUCCAAACCAAACCCAAUUGACAAAACUGGCUCCAACCUUCCUCAAGGCGGCUCGAAUGAUGACACAUAUUGGCUAGACCUUCCGGUAGAUGGUUCAAACAAAGAUAGAGUCAAGAAAGGGGAUUUACAAGAUGCUUGUGCUUAUUUCCAUGUGAAACCUAUUUCUGGAGGACUAUUUACUGACAUUGCCAUUUGGGUUUUCUACCCUUUUAAUGGCGGAGCAAGGGCAAAAGUGGAAUUCUUGAAUCUGUCCUUAGGAAAGGUUGGAGAACAUGUGGGUGAUUGGGAACAUGUCACGUUAAGAAUCAGUAAUAUUAAUGGAGAGUUAAAAGGGGUCUUUUUUUCACAACAUAAUUGUGGAAAAUGGGUGAGCGCUUCGGCUCUAGAGUACCACACGGGCAACAAACCAGUCGUUUACGCGUCGUUACAUGGCCACGCAUCAUACCCGAAACCAGGUUGUGUUUUGCUUGGUUCGGGAGGGAUGGAUAUUGGUAUUAGGGACGACACGGCCAAAAGUGAUAAGAUGAUGGAUACGGGCGUAAGGUCGGUGGUGGUGGCAACCGAGUAUUUGCCAGGGGUGGUGGUUGAACCACCGUGGUUGAAUUAUCAAAGAAAAUGGGGUCCCAAAAUUGAUUAUGAUGUUGAUAAAGAAUUAAAUAAAGUGAAAAAAGUGAUGAUUGGGAAAUUAAAGAAAGCGUUUGAGCGAUUUGUGGAGAGUGUACCAAGUGAAAUAUUGGGUGAAGAUGGACCAACAGGCCCAAAAGUGAAAACUAGUUGGAGUGGGGAUGAGGCUGUUUGAUUUGAUUAGAGUUGUUUAAGUUUGAAAGUGGUUGAUCAAACCUUAAUUAAUGGUACAGCUAGCUUUCAACAAUUUAUGGUUUCUCAAUACUUUUUUUUUUUAAAUCUUAUGGUUUAGCUUCUGCUUUUUUUAUUUUCCACUUCAUGUGUGUAAUAGUCAUUUAGUUAAUAGUCUUAUUAACUACAUAAAAAUUUAUGUUAGAGGUUAUAAAAUAGGCUUUCGAAUCAA